GCCGAACGUCACUCUUGAGGUACACACACACCGGCGCCAACCUCCCUAUACCUCCCCAGCGAAGCGCGAUUGAGACGCCCUCUGACAAAGAUGGCGCGCGAACCUGGAUGCAGAACUUCAAGGACACAAAGACCAUCCCGAAAGACAAGGUCGAAAUGACAUUUGCACGGAGCUCUGGUCCUGGAGGACAGAACGUCAACAAAGUGGAAACCAAAGUCAUUGUCCGAGUCUCGCUCCGCGCAUCGUGGAUCCCGCAAUGGGCUCGCCCCUACCUCCAGGAAUCUCCACACUAUGUAAAGUCCACAGAUGCGCUCCUUCUCUCGAGCAGUGAGCAUCGCUCCCAGGCACAAAAUGCGGAACGUGCGCUUGCCAAGCUACAUUCUGUCAUACUCGAAGCUGCAAGUAAACCGGUGACGAAAGACCCCACCAAAGAGCAACAAGAGCGCGUCAGGAAACUUGUCAAAGCCGAGGAUGCGCGUCGAAAAGUGCAGAAAGGGAAACGCAGCCAACUCAAGCAGACCCGAUCCAAGCGGGGCUGGGACGAUUGAUAGGUCCCAACGAACGAGGUCUAGGCGAAGGGAAUAUUGAUCUUCGCCCAGUGCCUGGCAGCACGAGCCCCGGAUCGGGAGCGUCGAGAAUUCAGAUGCGAAUGACGUCAGGAGUUAACCUCCUCGACGCGCAUUUCUUCUGGCCCAGUUUCAUAUCAGUCUCAUCGCUUUGCUCUUCUUUCGAGCGCGCACCGUCGAAGCUUCACCCAUCAGUCAAGCCACCCACCCUUUUGUCAUAUACCUUCUGAAUCUCACCGGCCUUCUAUCGCAUAAUCGCACAACGUCCGUAUCUUCAUCAUGCCCAAGAUGACACGCCGUGGCCACUUCGCCACCAUCCGGAUCGACAUCAAAGCCGCCAUCCUCGAGUGCGUCGGCACGACCUUCUUCCUCCUCUUCGGCCUCGGCGGCAUCCAAGCUGCCACCGCCGGGACGCUCGCCUCAAGCAGCGAGUCGGCGCCCUCUCAGAUCGAGCACGUCCUGUACAUCUCCACGUCCAUGGGCCUCAGCCUGCUCGUCUCCGCGUGGUUGUUCUUCCGCAUAACUGGCGGGCUGUUCAACCCGAACGUCACGCUCGCGCUGAUGCUCGUCGGCGUGGUCCCGCCGGUGCGCUUCGUGCUCAUGUGCAUCGCGCAGCUUUUGGGCGCGAUCAUCGCGAGCGCGAUUCUGUGCGGACUUACACCGGGACCGCUGGCGUCCAAUACGUUCCUCCAGAGCGAUAUUAAUGCAGCGCAAGGUGUCUUUAUCGAGAUGUUCGCCACCGCUGCGCUCGUCACCGCCGUACUCAUGCUCGCCGCCGAGAAACACCAGGCGACCCCAUUCGCCCCUAUUGGAAUCGGUCUCACCCUCUUUGCAUGCCACCUUUUCGCAGUCUUUUACACAGGCGCGGCCAUGAACACCGCGCGCGCCUUCGGCCCCGCAGUCGUCACGGGCUUCACGUAUCCGCACCACUGGGUGUACUGGCUCGGGCCGUUCCUGGGCUCGCUCCUCGCCAGCGGGUUCUAUAUUCUGCUCAAGUACAUGCACUACCAGGACCUGAACCCGGCGCAGGCGAGCACAAAUCCGGAUGAUUCGCCUGCGCCGCCGAUUCUGGCCACGGAUGACGAUGCCGGCGCUCAUGGAGAGGCGCACGGAGAGGCGCAUAGCGGUGUGGGUGCGGGGGCGAGGGAGAACAAAGGGCCGAAGACGAGCAUGAGUGAGGGGUCGACAAGUGUUUAG